AUGGAGGCUCUUCUGCGAAACGCCGACUUCCGCUUCUUCAUGCAAUGGCCGUUCGGAGUGCUGAUGGGAGCUCAGACGGUUCGUUUUCUAUUGGUCUCCACUCGAAAACCGUCCCGUUUAAGUUCUUCUCUUUCCUUUCUCUUAUCGUCUUCUACUUUGCCGCAUUCCUGUACGAGGGCACUUCGUUUGUCAUCACCACGCUCACACUUCUGCUCGUCUGCAGCGUCGUCCACAACGUCAUCCACGUGUUCGGCCUACAUCGCCACGUGUUUAACUUGAGAGGCGAAUCCAGGUUCCUUCCAGGCACCCUUCUCGUGAGUUCUCCCGCUCUUCUCCUUCCGAAUUCCCCUGCACAGGUCUUCUUCACUUCCCUCAUUUCUACCGUCGGAAUGUUCUUCUCCACUCUUAUCGUCUUGGUCGCAUUCAUCGAUUCUCUGCGCUUUUCACCCCGUCUCAUCGUCGUCUAUGCCAUUCUCUCGGUAAUUUGAAACUUCCGGCUCGUCCGAAUGACCUAUUUCUUUUCAGGUGACGUGCUCAAUUCUGCUUCUCGCCUGCGGUCGCAUCGUCGUGCUUCUGGUCCGGGCGGCGCCGAACGGACAAUUCCAGGCGCUCGUGCAGGUUGUCAUCGAGGGAGACCGCACUUCCAGGUCCGUCCAUUCUCCGUUUCCCCUCACUCGAACUCUCUUCAGAAUCUCCGCUCCCAUGCCGCCCCCCGAUAAUUCGACCAGCAACAGGAAUACGACGACGACGACUAACUUGGUUUGA